CGUCCUAAGAAAUCAUGCACCGGGGUGACCACAGUACUAUUUACUUUGAGAGUAGGUUCGUUUUUAUCGUCGCGACAGCCCACGACUUGCCCGCCUAUGUGCCAACAGAAUUUCAUGAAGGCCAGCGCAGAAUUAUUCCGCAUACCGCGGCUAACUAGCUAGCCGUUAGCUAGCUAUGUCUCCUUCACACUCUGCUUAGAGAAAACAUGUCGUUUUCUCUCGCGACGCGCUGGUGCGACGCGCCGCUGAUGAGGCGCGUGUUGCAGUUCAAGGGCUUCAGGAGGAAAAUACAAAGCUACAACAACAACAACAUGACCUACACGCUGUUCAGACACCGCUGGAUGAAAAGGCUGCCCGUGUUCUCCAGCGGCUUGAAGAUGGUCAGCACAGUAACGGACAAGGAUUCUAUUGACAUGUCCAAGUUCCCUGUGGAAAGAAUCAGGAACUUUUGCAUCAUUGCUCAUAUUGACCAUGGAAAAAGCACUUUGGCUGACAGGCUGUUGGAGAUGACCGGUGCCAUAGCCACGACGCAGAAGAACAAACAGGUGUUGGACAAGCUUCAGGUGGAGCGGGAGAGAGGUAUAACGGUGAAGGCCCAGACGGCCUCGUUGAUCUACAGCCACCAGGGACAGCAGUACCUCCUGAACCUCAUCGACACGCCGGGUCACGUUGACUUCAGUUAUGAAGUGUCUCGAUCCAUCUCCGCGUGCCAAGGUGUCCUGUUGAUUGUCGAUGCUAAUCAGGGGGUUCAAGCGCAGACGGUGGCCAACUUCUACCUGGCCUUUGAAGCUCAGCUGGCGAUCGUCCCCGUCAUCAAUAAGAUUGAUUUGAAAAAUGCUGAUCCAGUGAGGGUGGAGUCUCAGAUUGAAAAGGUGUUUGAUAUCCCCCGUAACGAAUGCAUUAGGAUUUCAGCCAAGCUUGGAACAAAUGUCGAGGCGGUUCUUCAAGCCGUCGUGGACAGAAUCCCACCGCCCGCAGCGAGCAUCGACGGACCGUUCAAAGCCCUCGUGUUUGACUACAAUUUCGACCACUACAGAGGAGUGGUGGCCAACAUCGCCGUGUUCGGGGGUCGCGUCAGAAAGGGGGACAGGAUCGUGUCGGCCUAUCUCGGCAAAAGCUACGAGGUCAACGAGCUGGGGAUCCUCCGGCCAGACGAGCACCAGACUCAGAAGCUGUUUGCAGGCCAAGUGGGCUACAUGGUCGCCGGGAUGAAGGACGUGAAGGAGGCCCAGAUCGGUGACACGCUCUACCUCCAGGGGCAGCCGGUGGAAACUCUCCCAGGCUUUAAACCGGCCAAACCCAUGGUCUUCGCUGGCAUGUUUCCGAUGGACCAGUCGGACUACCUGGCCCUCCGCAGCGCCAUCGAGAGGCUGACCCUGAACGACUCGAGCGUCGCGGUGCAGAGAGACAGCAGUAUGGCCCUGGGGGCGGGAUGGAGACUCGGCUUCCUGGGCCUCCUCCACAUGGAGGUGUUCAAUCAGCGGCUGGAGCAGGAAUACAACGCCUCGGUUAUAGUGACGGCGCCCACCGUGCCCUACAGGGCCGUCCUCUCGUCACCCAGACUCAUCAAGGUGAGGGCCGUCUGCUCGGGGGACCGGGCGUACAGCGUGGGGAAAUCCAUGUGUGAGCGCCUCCAAGACUCCAUUCCGCGGCAGAUGUUUGAGAUCGCUGUGCAGGCAGCCAUCGGGAAUAAGGUCAUCGCGAGGGAAACAAUUAAGGCGUACAGAAAAAAUGUCCUCGCUAAAUGUUACGGGGGGGACAUCACGCGGAAGAUGAAGCUGCUGAAGAAACAGGCCGAGGGGAAAAAGAAGAUGCGCCUUAUCGGCAACGUGGAAGUCCCCAAAGACGCCUUCAUUAGUGUCCUGAAGAGGAACGACAAAUAGACUGCACUAACAUUAUUAUUAGUAUAUAGAAAUGUCAUUAUCAUAUGCAACCGGUCUUCAUGAUGAGAAAGGCCGUGCUAGAUUUGCUCUGAAUAAAGUGCUCAUCAAUCUGU